AUGGUCCAGUGGAAGUGGCCAGACUCACAUGGAGAGCAGGCGUAUGUAGUUAUGCUUGGUGGCCUGCAUAUCGAGAUGGCUCUAUGGAGUGUGCUUGGCGAUUUGCUUGACGGAUCUGGCUGGACUGUCGCCUUGACUGAAGCUGAUGUGGCCUCUUCUGGUGUAGCGGUUUCCUUCUUGAAGGCGUCACAUCUAACAAGAACUAGGUAGGUUGAUAUGCUAAACAUAUUAGAUGACCAUACAACUAUCCACAACCAUACAGGUACUGGUUCACUAUAAAGCCUGUUUUCCACUCACGUAUUUCGCCGCCACUUGCAAAAAUUUCGCCACCGAAAAUUUAUUUUCUUUGUCAAAAUUUUUCGCCAGCGGCGGCGAAAUAGGUGAGUGGAAAACGGGCUUAAGGAUCCUUGCGCUAUACUAUUCCGGAACAACCUCGUCCCCAGAGCCAUGGGAGGCACCUCCAAAAUGUUGCGAGGAUGGCCCUGGGGACGAGGUUAAUUCCAUAUCGAUGAGCGCAAUUUAUCCUUUCUGAGUGCAUUUUAUCUCCAGUAGAAUGUUCUUUGUCUUGUGGCAAUGCAGUAGGCGUACAGGUUAUAAUGUAACUGGGGGGUUACUUAUAAUUAAGAAAAAAUGCGAAAUAUUUUCAGGCAUGCUCAUCAAGUCACUGCUCUCACCCUACAUAAGCUUCAGAGAGAUGCAUUUUCCCAGUGCGUUGACGAGGCAUCGUUCUCUACGUGGGAAGAGGCAAGAAAGCGAAUACGCCCGACGUUUCUCUUCUGGGAUGUAAUUCUACAGUUAGAGACACUGGUGUUGCUUGUAAUACGCGCACAUAGGCAGCGAAUCUUCAAUUUGUACGUCGAGGCCAUGGAAGAGCUGAUACCUUUAUUCUUUGCACUGGACCACGUCAAUUACGCACGCUGGGCCUCCAUCCAUAUUCGGGACCUGAAGUCUCUACCGGACAACAUCGCUAAGGAAUUUCAGAACGAAGGCCACUGGAUAUUGUCAAAAACAAGCAACAGGUUUUCUGCUAUUCCCUUUAACCAGGCGCAUAAACAGGAGAACAAAAUCGCCAAGAGUGCAGGUGGUGCAGUAGGCCUAACAGAGAACUCUGUAGCAUUUAGGUGA